AUGAAUAAAUUUACACAUACAUUUAGAUAAAAACAUUUAGAAAGUCUCUAUCAAAAAGGUAAAUAAGAUUAUUGCUAUAAUGGUUUCAAAAAAGUAACAUUUCUUUCUUUAAUAAUGAUUUUGAUGCGUUUGAUAACAUUUGGGUAAUAGAAUAAUGUAAUUGGCAUCUUAGUAGCUUCAAUUUCUCUUUUAAUUAUAUUUGUGAUGUCAAUUCUAAUAAUGAGAUUCUAUUAAUCAGGUACAAUAUUUUGUAUGAUAUUCAUCAAUAAUUUACUCAUCUUAAUAUAAUUGUAAGAUUAAUCAGAUUAAACUAAUUAAUUUAUACUUGGAACUAAUGUUGCUAUUGCUCAUUCAAGUAUACUAUUGAUCAUUGAUUAUAAAUUAACACUACUUAAUAUAUUCUUUUAAACAGCCUUAAAAUUAUUUAUUGCUAUAUUACUUGAUGGUAAUAUUGAUAUUACUUCUAUCAUACUUUCUAUUUGUUGUCCUAUAUGUUUUAUUUCAGUAGUACAUACAAUUGAGAAAUAGAAAAGAUUACUCUUUCUCAGUAAUAAUUAAGGAAAUGAUUGGCGUAUUUUAUAAUUAUAAUUAAAUAGAUUGUCUCUUACCAUCAAUUAUUAGUGAUCCUUUUAUUUUAUUUACAUAUGAUGAAGAAAGAAUGUGUUUUAGAUAUAAGAAUUCAAAUUAAAUUGAUCAUUUUCCAUAUUCCUCAUUUGAAUAAUAAGCUGAAGAGAAUUUUAGAUAAUUUAUAAGAAUGUCAUCUAUAGGUAAUAUUACAACUGAAUAAUUUAUAUUAAAUAGAAUUGAAAAAUAAACUAAAUUUUUUGAUCUCAAUUAAUUUACACUUAAACCUAAUGAUUAUGAUUCAACAGAUUUUGAAGAAAAAUCAAUAUUAUUGGCUGAACUAUAUCAUUUAGAAGAUAAUUUCUUAAUUGUACUUGAAUAAUCCAAACACAGAGCUUAAACUUUGUAAUCUACUAAAGAUAAUUUAAUUAAUCUAAUUGGAAAACAUUAAUAAUUGGUUUAAAAUUUCCUUAAAAAAUAAGGAUAAAUAAUUAAUCAUUGUAUUUUAAGCUAAUCCAAUAAAAUAUAACUAAUACAUUAACUUAAAUUACAUCAUAUGUAUUUUCAAAGUAAAUAUAAAGUAUCUAAUUCUUUUUCAUAAAUUUAAUUUACAUCUGAAACUGUUAAUGCAAAUUUUAAAUAAUUAUUUCUUUCAAUUAUUUCAUUAUUCAAAAUAGCCUAUAAAGACUAUAAUUUCUAUUUCGAUUGCUCAGAAACCCAAUAUGAUGUUGUUCAUUAUAAAGAUAUGGCCUAGGAUUUUAUUGUUUAAUUAAUGUAAGUUACACUAAGAAAAACUAACAAUGAUUUCAAAACAUAAACUAAAAUCUUAUUACAUUCAAAAUCUGAAUUAUUAUUUAUUCGAAUUAUAUGCAUAAAUACUUAUUUGUUAGCUGAAAACUUAAACAAAAACUUAGUAAUUAAGAAUUUUUUAAAAUUUCAUUCUCCAUAACUAGAAGUAAAAGUUACAGAUGGGGGAGUCUUUAUAGAAUUGUACAAAGAUGUUUCUAUUCUCAAAUCAUUUGAUAAAUUUGAGAGUUUCAGUUGA